AUGCAUCAUCUGUUCAGGCUGGUUUUGGCACAAAAGGACCUUUCACGUGCAGGGGAUCUUUUCUCCUUAGAGGAUGCUGAAAUCGAAGGAAGCCUCUCAGAAGCUCUUGAACAAAUAAAAAUAAUUAGUUCAUCUGCGGACUACCAGACCAAUGACAAUGACCAGGCUGUGGUGGAAAUCUGCAUCACUCGCAUCACCACUGCCAUCAGGGAGACGGCGUCCAUAGAAAAGCACGGGAAAGCCCUCGUGGCUCUCUGGGAGUCAUGUCUAGAACACAACCUGAAACCCUCUGGAAGAGAUGAGGACACACCACAUGCAAAAAUUGCAUCUGAUAUCAUGAGCUGUAUCUUGCAGAAUUACAAUCGACCUCCAGUAAUGGCCUUAGCCAUCCCAGUGGCGGUGAAAUUUCUUCGGAGGGGCAAUAAGGAACUGUGCAGAAACAUGUCAAGUUAUCUAUCCUUGGCUGCAAUUGCUAAAGCGGAUCUGCUGGCUGAUCACACAGAGACCAUUGUCAAAAGUGUCCUUCAAGGGAACGCGAUGCUGCUGCGUGUCCUGCCUGCUCUGUACGAGAAGCAACCGCAGCCGAUAAACCUCCAUCUGCGGGAGCUGGUGGCACUGAUGGCUCAGCUGGAUCCAGCCGAACAACACCAUCUCCUCAGGCUCCUCCAAAUCGUGGCUAGGAAAAAAGAACCGGGGGCGCUGAAAGACUGUAUUCCAUUUCUAUUUGAACACCUGAGAGACCCUAACCAUAGUGACAUUAUUCUAAACAUACUUAUAGAAAUAUCCCGCUAUGAACCAACAGCCUUAGCGCCUUUUCUUCCGAAGCUGAAAGAAAUUGGUGAGAGUUUUCCAAGUUUGAUUGGGCAAACAGCAAAGAUCUUUGGAGCUGUUGGACGUAUCGAUGAGGAGCGAGCCAGAAUAUGCCUGAUGUAUUUGGUGAACCAGCUGGCCAACAUGGAGCACUCAUUUCACCAUAUUCUUUUGCUGGAAAUUAAGAGUCUCACUGACACCUUCUCGGGCAUCUUGGGCACCCAGAGCAGAGAUAUCUACCGCAUGAGCAACAGUUUCACUGCCAUAGCCAAGCUUCUCGUCCGACAGCUAGAGAACGACAACACGUCCGGAGCCAGGGUGGAAAAUGAUACUGAAACAGAACCUCCUGUACCACUGGAUGAUUUAAAAUCUGUUAUGAAUGGAAAUGAAGAUGAUGAAAAGCUCCAAGUUAAAAUACAGGCUUUUGAAGAGAAAAUAAACGUCAACAACAGUACUCCUGGCUCAGCACGGAGAUACAGUUUAGGCCAGGUUUCUAAAGAAGAAAGGAAGGAUAUGAGAUUUAACAGGUCCAAAAGCCUUGCUUUGCAUGCAGUCCGCAUGAAGGGGGUGAGCUCAGAGAGCGGACAGGACGAGGAGAACGGGGAGAUAACUGCUGGUAUCUCCUUCACCGAGAUCUACAUUAGCCAAGAAAAUGACAAAUUGCCUUUUAAUGUUGACACUGAAGCAAUGCAACUGGGAAAUUCUUUGGUUUCACGUCAAAGUAUCGAUUACACAGAAUCAGCAAAUUUUCCAGAACCUGCUAAAGAAAAUGCCCUCGAAGGAAGCGCAGAGGUGGCGAUGAGCCCCGUGGAAUACCAGGACAGGCUCUACUUGCACUUGAAGGAAAACCUGGGUAAAGUGAAAGCAUAUGUCAUGGAGAUGGGGAGGAAAAUUCCUAUCCCCGAUCAGUGUGUUAUUGAAGAUACGGUUAGAAGUUGUGUAGCAAAGCUGUUCUUCAGCUGUCCCCUGAAGGGCCAUUACUGCCUGUACAGUAAAUCCAGUUUUACCCUCAUCAGCCGGCAGCCUCCGCUGUGGAUCCAUAUCAUGUUCCUCUUUCAGCAGAGCUUGUUUGCAGAACCUUUGUCCAUACAGAGUAAUUCUGUGCAAGUCCUUAAGGCCCUGUGGGAGAAGACGCAGCUCAAGGGGACGCACAGUUUUGAAACUGCCAUGAUCCAGUCUACAUUUCCACACCAAAAGGACCUGGACCACGUGCAGAUGCACCUGGAAGAAGUGAGGUUCUUUGAUUUAUUCGGCUACAGCGAGGAAGCGGGAACUUGGCAGUGCUUCAUGUGCAAUAACCCUGAAAAGGCAACAGUUGUAAAUCAGGACGGCCAACCUCUGAUUGAAGGCAAGCUUAAAGAGAAGCAAGUCCGGUGGAAGUUUAUCAAAAGGUGGAAAACUCGCUACUUCACUCUGGCUGGCAACCAGCUGCUUUUUCGGAAAGGAAAAUCCAAAGACGACCCUGACGAGUGCCCCAUUGAGCUCAGCAAGGUGCAGAGCGUUAAAGUGGUGGCAAAGAAGCGCAGGGACCGCAGCCUGCCCCGGGCCUUCGAGAUCUUCACCGACAGCAAGACCUAUGUUUUUAAGGCCAAAGACGAGAAGAACGCCGAGGAGUGGCUUCAGUGCAUCAACGUCGCUGUCGCGCAGGCUAGAGAGCGGGAGAGCCGAGAGGCCACCACCUACCUGUAG